CUUUAUUGGUUUCAUUAUUAUUUUAUUUUUAUUAUGUUUGUUGGUAUUAUUUAUAGGAGGUUUCUCAGUGAUGGUUUUAAGAAGAGGUUUCUCUCAGCACUACCUCCAGUUGGUUAUGAAGCACCCAAACAAACGAUAGUCAAUUCUUUUCCGCCGUCAUGGCAACCUUAUCUACGGCUAAUCCGAUUGGACAGACCAAUCGGAACGACUCUACUCUACUGGCCGUGUGCAUGGAGCAUCGUCAUGGCAACGGAACCAGGGCUGUUGCCUCAUUGGUCGCUCUUGGCGACAUUUGGUGCCGGGAGUUUUGUAAUGAGAGGGGCAGGCUGUAUCAUUAACGACUUAUGGGAUAGGAAUUAUGACUCAAAGGUAUUUCGUACUUCCAGUAGACCUAUUGCUUCAGGUCAGGUAUCACCAUUCAAAGGUUUGGUAUUUUUAGGUGCCAACUUAAGUGCUGGACUAUGCAUACUCCUCAGUUUAAAUCAAUACAGCAUCUUGCUAGGAGCAGCUUCUCUUCCUCUGGUUGCAAUUUAUCCUCUUAUGAAAAGGUACACAUUUUGGCCACAAGUUGUAUUAGGUCUUACAUUCAAUUGGGGUGCACUAUUGGGAUACUCUGCUGUCCGUGGGUACUGUGAUUGGUCCAUUUGUGCUCCAUUGUAUCUCGCUUGUAUCUCUUGGACGCUAUUUUACGAUACCAUAUACGCUUAUCAAGACACAAAAGAUGACGUUAAAUUAGGUUUAAAGUCGACUGCUAUCAAGUUUGGUGAUAAUGGAAAAUAUUGGCUGAGUUUGUUUGCAGCUAGUACCAGUUCAUUGCUGCUCCUGUCCGGCUACCAGGCAUCUCUUUCCUGGCCAUAUUAUCUCGGGGUUGGAGCAGCCUCCUGUCAUCUUGCUUGGCAGAUAUGGUCAGUGAAUCUCCUCGACCCUGUUCAGUGUCUGAAGACAUUUAAAAGCAACAAUCAUGUUGGAAUUCUCCUCCUCUUAGGUCUAUUUGCUGCAGUUUUAACACCAAAAAGAUAAAAAAUUUUAUAACUA